AUUGCUUCAGGCAGCCCGUGGAAAACCACUUUCUGGUUAAGUCUGCAUCAUUCUCUUCCACCAAUGGAAAAAAUUGAACAUGAUGAGGGUGUGUAGCUAGCAGACAAAAAUACAUCCAGCAUUGCACACAAUCUGUUUUUAGCUCUUAACGGCUGAGCAUUUGAAGUGGUAGACGCUGCUUCCUGCCUUACCAUGGGCAGAAAGAGGAGCGAGUCCGUGGAUGUGGAUACAGACCCUGACUUCGGGAAACUUCUUCUGCUAAUUCAAAGAGCCUGAGAAAAACUGGCUGCAUCCAAAGUCUUGGCAAAGGAUCAUUUCAUGGACUCACUUCCCUCACUGUUAACCAUGCUGCCUUGCUCCCAGGACCACGGAAAGCCGACUGACCAUUAAUCUUGCUCAGAGCGCAAACUAUACUGCAGGUUAAAAUGGGGAACUCCGAGAGUCAGUACACCCUUCAAGGAUCUAAAAAUCAUAGCCAUACUAUUACUGGUGCUAAGCAAAAGCCUUGCUCCCUGAAAAUACGCAGCAUUCAUGCAAAAGAUGACAAGUCGUUGCAUGGAUGGGGUCACGGAGGCAGCGGAGCAGGUUACAAGUCCAGGUCCCUGGCCCGAAGCUGCCUUUCUCACUUUAAGAGUAAUCAGCCUUAUGCAUCGAGACUGGGUGGACCCACGUGCAAAGUCUCGAAAGGCAGUGUCUGCUCCAAGCACAGGACAAAUGCCUCAGGAAGUGAUUUCCAGGGCAGCAAUGUUGCCUCCUCCUCCGAGAAUGGCUUCCACUAUGUCGGGCAUGAACCGGCGGAUAACCACGUGGCAGAGAACCAGGUGCCCUCCAGGGACUGCAAUGGACAUCUUCUCAACUGCUAUGGCAGACACGAGAGCGUUGCAUCCACCCCGCCCGGCGAGGACAGAAAGAGCCCCAGAGUGCUCAUCAAGACGCUGGGCAAGUUGGACGGGUGUCUCCGGGUCGAGUUCCACAAUGGUGACCACCACAGCCCAGGGCCCCCGGGGGACUCGGGCGGGCCCGUGCAGCUGCUGCGGUACUCGCCCACCCUGACCCCCGGAGCCGACUCCCCGCCCAGCACCCGCCUCUCCGCCACCGACUCGCACCCGCGCUCCAGCAAGGGCAGCUCCCUGAGCUCGGAGUCGUCCUGGUACGACUCGCCCUGGGGCCACGCUGGCGAGGUCGGCGAGGCCGAGGGCCCCUUCCUGGCCUCCGGCACCCCUGACCCCAGCCUCCAUGGCUUCCCUCCUAGGGAUGCCCAGAAGCCUUUCAACCAAAGCUCUUCCCUCUCCUCCCUCCGGGAACUCUACCCAGCUGCCACCCUGGGGAGCCUGUCCCCCUCCGCUGUCCGACUCUCCGAUGAAUACAUCGGCGCGCACGCCAGCCUCAGCCACCGCGUCUCCUUCGCCUCCGACAUUGAUGUGCCCUCCAGAGUGGAGCACAGGGACCCGGGCCAGUACGCGUCCUUCACCCUCCCCUGCCGGAAGUCCAAAGCCUUGACAGAGGACACGUCCAAGAAGGACACUCUGAAAGCCAGAAUGCGCCGGAUCAGCGACUGGACUGGAAGCCUUUCCAGAAAGAAAAGGAAACUCCAAGAGCCGAGGUCCAAGGAGGGCAGUGACUACUUUGACAGCCGCUCAGAUGGACUGAAUGCGGACAUGCCGGGACCUUCCUGGGCGUCUGCCACGCUCUGGUCGGGGGGCUCGGCUCAGAUCCUGUCCCAGAGAAGUGAAUCUGCUCACGUGAUUGGCAGCGAUCCCCUCCGACAGAACAUUUAUGAGAAUUUCAUGCAAGAGUUGGAAAUGAGCAGGACCAACACGGAGAACGUAGAAACAUCCACAGAAACCGCCGAGUCCAGCAGCGAGUCCCUCAGCUCUUUGGAACAACUGGAUCUGCUGUUUGAGAAGGAACAAGGGGUGGUCCGGAAAGCAGGAUGGCUCUUCUUCAAACCCCUUGUCACUCUGCAGAAGGAAAGGAAGCUCGAGCUGGUGGCUCGGAGGAAGUGGAAGCAGUACUGGGUAACGCUUAAAGGAUGCACCCUGCUAUUUUAUGAGACCUACGGGAAGAAUUCCACGGACCAGAGUAGCGCUCCUCGGUGCGCCCUGUUUGCAGAAGACAGCAUCGUGCAGUCUGUCCCAGAACAUCCCAAGAAGGAAAAUGUCUUCUGCCUCAGCAACUCCUUUGGUGAUGUCUACCUUUUCCAGGCCACUAGUCAGACAGACCUGGAAAACUGGGUCACUGCCAUACAUUCGGCAUGCGCAUCCCUUUUUGCAAAGAAGCGUGGGAAAGAGGACACCAUUCGGCUACUGAAGAACCAGACCAAAAACCUCAUUCAGAAGAUAGAUAUGGACAGCAAGAUGAAAAAGAUGGCAGAGUUACAGCUGUCCGUGGUGAGCGACCCAAAGAACAGGAAAGCCAUAGAAAACCAGAUCCAGCAAUGGGAGCAGAACCUGGAGAAAUUUCACAUGGAUCUCUUCAGGACGCGCUGCUACCUGGCCAGCCUGCAAGGUGGGGAGUUGCCAAACCCGAAGAGCCUCCUUGCUGCUGCCAGCCGCCCCUCCAAGCUGGCCCUCGGCAGGUUGGGCGUCUUGUCGGUUUCCUCUUUCCACGCUCUGGUAUGUUCUAGAGAUGACUCUGCUCUCCGGAAAAGAAAACUCUCACUGACCCAGCGAGGAAGAAACAAGAAGGGCAUAUUUUCUUCAUUAAAAGGGCUGGAUACACUGGCAAGAAAAGCAAAGGAGAAAAGACCUUCUAUAACUCAGAUAUUUGAUUCAAGUGGCAGCCACGGAUUUUCUGGAACUCAGCUACCUCAAAACUCCAAUAACUCCAGUGAGGUGGAUGAACUUCUGCAUCUGUAUGGCUCAACAGUAGAUGGUGUUCCUCAAGACAACACGUGGGAAAUCCAGACUUACAUUCACUUUCAGGAUAAUCAAGGAGUUACUGUAGUGAUUAAGCCAGAACACAGAGUAGAAGAUAUUUUGACUUUGGCAUGCAAGAUGAGGCAGUUGGAGCCCAGCCACUAUGGCCUCCAACUCCGAAAAUUAGUCGACGAAAACAUUGAGUGCUGUAUUCCUGCGCCGUAUGAAUAUAUGCAAGAACAGGUUUACGAUGAAAUAGAAGUCUUUCCGCUAAAUGUCUAUCAUGUGCAGCUCACGAAGACUGGGAGCGUGUCUGACUUUGGCUUUGCAGUGACAGCACAGGUGGACGAGCAUCAACGUCUCAGCCGAAUAUUUAUAAGCGACGUCCUCCCUGACGGCUUGGCAUAUGGGGAAGGGCUGAGAAAGGGCAAUGAAAUCAUGACCUUAAAUGGGGAAGCCGUCUGUGAUCUUGACCUUAAGCGGAUGGAGGCCCUGUUUUCUGAGAAGAGCGUUGGACUCACUCUGAUUGCCUGGCCGCCGGACACAAAAGGAACCCUGUGUUCUUCCUGGUCAGACAGUGACCUGUCCUCAAGGGACCAGAAGAGUCUGUUGCCCCCUCCUAACCAGUCCCAACUUCUGGAGGAAUUCCUGGAUAACUUUAAAAAGAACACAACAAAUGAUUUCAGCAACGUCCCUGACAUCACAACUGGCCUGAAAAGGAGUCAGACUGAUGGCACCCUGGAUCAGGUUUCCCACAAGGAGAGAAUGGAGCAGACGUUCAGGGAAGUUAUCGCGAGCAGACCGUUUGAGAAUCUGAUGAGCGGUAUGGACCCUCAGAAGAUUGCUCACAGUGCUGAACAGAUCCCUGUGCUGUGUAGGAGUUUUAACGACACCCAGACUGACAGCAUGGAAGGACCAAGAGAGGGUGAGGAGGCCACUCCGAGGCCGCUGGCCCGCCACCUCUCUGAUGCAGAUCGCCUCCGAAAAGUCAUCCAGGAGCUCGUGGACACGGAGAAGUCCUAUGUGAAGGACCUGAGUUGCCUCUUUGACUUAUACUUGGAGCCGCUUCAAAAUGAGACCUUUCUGACCCAAGAUGAGAUGGAGUCACUCUUUGGAAGUCUGCCAGAGAUGCUGGAAUUUCAGAAGGUGUUUCUGGAGACCCUGGAGGACGGGAUUUCAGCAGCAUCUGACUUUAACCUGCUUGAAACCCCCUCGCAGUUUAGAAAACUACUGUUUUCCCUUGGAGGCUCUUUCCUUUAUUACGCGGACCACUUUAAACUGUACAGCGGAUUCUGCGCUAAUCAUAUUAAAGUACAGAAGGUUCUAGAGCGAGCUAAAACUGAUAAAGCCUUCAAGGCUUUUCUGGAUGCCCGGAAUCCCACCAAGCAGCACUCCUCCACGCUGGAGUCCUUCCUCAUCAAGCCGGUCCAGAGGGUGCUCAAGUACCCGCUGCUGCUCAAGGAGCUGGUGUCCCUCACGGACCACGAGAGCGAGGAGCACUACCACCUGACAGAGGCACUGAAGGCAAUGGAGAAGGUAGCGAGCCACAUCAAUGAGAUGCAGAAGCUAUACGAGGACUAUGGGACCGUGUUUGACCAGCUCGUAGCAGAGCAAAGUGGGGCAGAGAAGGAGGUGACAGAACUUUCAAUGGGCGAACUUCUGAUGCACUCUACAGUUUCCUGGUUGAAUCCGUUUCUGUCUCUAGGAAAAGCCAGAAAGGACCUUGAGCUCACAGUAUUUGUUUUUAAGCGAGCCGUCAUACUGGUUUAUAAAGAAAACUGCAAACUGAAAAAGAAAUUGCCCUCGAAUUCCCGGCCUGCACACAGCUCUGCUGACCUGGACCCAUUUAAGUUUCGCUGGUUGAUCCCCAUAUCCGCACUUCAAGUCAGACUGGGGAAUACAGCAGGCACAGAAAAUAAUUCUGUAUGGGAGCUGAUCCAUACGAAGUCAGAAAUAGAAGGACGGCCAGAAACCAUCUUCCAGUUGUGCUGCAGUGACAAUGAAAGCAAAACCAACAUCGUCAAGGUGAUUCGAUCUAUUCUGAGGGAGAACUUCAGACGUCACAUAAAGUGUGAAUUACCCUUGGAGAAAACAUGUAAAGAUCGCCUGGUACCCCUUAAGAACCGAGUUCCUGUUUCAGCCAAAUUAGCUUCCUCCAGGUCCUUAAAAGUCCUCAAGAAUUCCUCCAGCAGCGAGUGGCCCAGCGAGCCCGGCAAGGGCAGCUCGCUGGACUCCGACGAGGGCAGCCUGAGCAGCAGCACGCAGAGCAGCAGCUGCCACACAGCCGGGAGCAGGCAGGACGCCCUGCAACACCCCCACACGGGCUUGGCCGAUUUUUCAGACCAUCUCAUCAAAGAGAGCGAUAUUCUGAGUGACGAAGAUGAGGACUACCAUCAGAUUGUGAAACAAGGCAGCCCGACCAAAGACAUUGAAAUCCAGUUCCAGAGACUGAGAAUCUCCGACGGCCCCGAUGCUCAGCCGCCCGGACAGCAGCCUGGCACGGAUGGCCAGCCAGGAGGGGAGCAGCCCAGACUGGUCCGGGGGCACUUCUGUGCCAUUAAACGGAAAGCGAACAGCACCAAAAGGGACAGGGGAACUCUGCUGAAGACGCAGACUCGUCACCAGUCCCUUGACAGUCAAUCUGAAAAUGCCAGCCUGGAUCUCAAUUCUGUCCUAGAGCGAGAAUUCAGCGUCCAGAGUCUCACGUCAGUUGUCAAUGAGGAGUGUUUUUAUGAAACUGAGAGCCACGGAAAAUCAUAGUACAAUUUCAAUCCAGAUAUGGGUUAAAUUGCUCAUUUGUCUUUUAAACUGGUGGUAAAGUGGAAAUGGCAGAAAAACCAUUCAUUAUUGGGUUUUGUGCAGCAUACAUUUUCCCACAAAAUAGUUGUAAAGAUUUAAGUUAUUUUAAUUUAUUGUGGAUCAGAAAACUAGAUUAAACUGGUCAGAAUUUGUAAAUUACUUAGUUUUACAUCCCUUUUGAGCAGGUAUCAAAAUGACUUAGAAUCCUUAAAAUAAAAUUCCAUUCUAAUUAUUUUAAUUUAUGUGGAAAAAGCAAGGUGGGGAAGUUGUGAUUAAUAGCUUUUAAAAAGAUCAUUUCUUUCCAAUCCUCUGGGCAUUUUCUUUGAGCUGUUAGUUUUUGCUUUAUUUAAAGCAUCUUUAAGUUAUUUUAAUGUGGGUUAGGGGCACACUGUGCAGAUACUUCAUUUUUGUAAGGUUGUAAUAGAUGCUGUUUAUACUAAACAUGUCAUAUCUAUGCAGUAUAUAUAUUAAAAGAAAGCUUGUACUGUA